AGGCUGAGUGGGUGGGUGGGUCCACGCGCACACGGCGACUCGGGCCAGGACGCAGAUCCCGGAGCUCCGCGUCGGGCGCCCGGGUCGCCGUCCCGCUCCCUUCGCCGCCCGGCCUCACCCCACAUCCCAGUUUGAAAGAAAACUUCACGCAGCCGAAAUGAACCUCCCCUCAUCGUUCCAUUCCUUCCUUCCUAGCCGGCAGAAAACCCCGACAUUGUCACCUCCUCUUUGAGGGUUUAGAAGAAGCUGAGAUCUCCCGACAGAGCUGGAAAUGGUGAUGAAUCUUUUUUAAUCAAAGGACAAUUUCUUUUCACUGCACUUUGACUAUGGAAACAGAGGCUAUUGAUGGCUAUAUAACAUGUGACAAUGAGCUUUCACCUGAGAGGGAGCACUCCAAUAUGGCAAUUGACCUCACCUCAAGCACACCCAAUGGACAGCAUGCCUCACCAAGUCACAUGACAAGCACAAAUUCAGUAAAGCUAGAAAUGCAGAGUGAUGAAGAGUGUGACAGGAAACCCCUGAGCCACGAAGACGAGAUCAGGGGCCAUGAUGAGGGUAGCAGCCUAGAAGAGCCCCUAAUUGAGAGCAGCGAAGUGGCUGACAACAGGAAAGUCCAGGAGCUUCAAGGCGAGGGAGGAAUCCGGCUUCCGAAUGGUAAACUGAAAUGUGACGUCUGUGGCAUGGUUUGCAUUGGGCCCAAUGUGCUUAUGGUACAUAAAAGGAGUCACACUGGUGAACGUCCCUUCCACUGUAACCAGUGUGGAGCUUCUUUUACUCAGAAGGGCAACCUUCUGAGACACAUAAAGUUACACUCUGGAGAGAAGCCGUUCAAAUGUCCUUUCUGUAGCUAUGCCUGUAGAAGAAGGGACGCCCUCACAGGACACCUCAGGACCCAUUCUGUGGGUAAACCUCACAAGUGCAACUACUGUGGACGAAGCUACAAGCAGCGCAGUUCACUGGAGGAGCACAAGGAACGCUGCCACAACUAUCUCCAGAAUGUCAGCAUGGAGGCUGCUGGGCAGGUCAUGAGUCACCAUGUACCUCCUAUGGAAGAUUGUAAGGAACAAGAGCCUAUUAUGGACAACAAUAUUUCUCUGGUGCCUUUUGAGAGACCUGCUGUCAUAGAGAAGCUCACGGGGAAUAUGGGAAAACGUAAAAGCUCCACUCCACAAAAGUUUGUGGGGGAAAAGCUUAUGCGAUUCAGCUACCCAGAUAUUCACUUUGAUAUGAACUUAACCUAUGAGAAGGAGGCUGAGCUGAUGCAGUCUCAUAUGAUGGACCAAGCCAUCAACAAUGCAAUCACCUACCUUGGAGCUGAGGCCCUUCACCCUCUGAUGCAGCACCCGCCAAGCACAAUCGCUGAGGUGGCCCCAGUUAUAAGCUCAGCUUAUUCUCAGGUCUAUCAUCCAAAUAGGAUAGAAAGACCCAUUAGCAGGGAAACCUCUGAUAGUCAUGAAAACAACAUGGAUGGCCCUCUCUCUCUCAUCAGACCAAAGAGUCGACCCCAGGAAAGAGAGGCCUCUCCCAGCAAUAGCUGCCUGGAUUCUACUGACUCAGAAAGCAGCCAUGAUGACCACCAGUCCUACCAAGGAAACCCUGCCUUAAAUCCCAAGAGGAAACAAAGCCCAGCUUACAUGAAGGAGGAUGUCAAGUCUUUGGAUACCACCAGGGCUCCUAAGGGCUCUCUGAAGGACAUCUACAAGGUCUUCAAUGGAGAAGGAGAACAGAUUAGGGCCUUCAAGUGUGAGCACUGCCGAGUCCUUUUCCUAGACCACGUCAUGUACACCAUUCAUAUGGGUUGCCACGGCUACCGGGACCCACUGGAAUGCAACAUCUGUGGCUAUAGAAGCCAGGACCGUUAUGAGUUUUCAUCACACAUUGUUCGAGGGGAGCACACAUUCCACUAGGCCUUUUCAUUCCAAAGGGGACCCCUAUGAAGUAAGGAACUGCACAUGAAGAAAUACUGCACUUACAAUCCCACCUUCCCUCAGAUGUUGACAUACCUUUUUUUUUUUUUAAUAUUAUUACUGUCAAUAAUUCUUAUUUUGUGGACGCAGUGUCAUUUGCUCUGCCUAAUUACAAUAAGGAAGAAACAGAAGAGAGAAGGGAUGGGAAUAUUGUUUCUUGAUAACUUGGCUUGUUUAUUUUGUAAGGAUUUAAGAGCAGUUCAUUUCUGCCAUGCAUAGAUAUAAGGCAUAUUAUACUUUGAAAAAUUACUUGAUUCAUAUAGAUUCAUCUGAGAUUCUAAUUUGCCACUGAUAUUCAGAUUGUGAUUGAAGGCAGGAAAGUUUAGAAUUUUCUGGGUAGAACUUUGGCAGUUUAAAAUGAUGUAAGUACUUUUACUCUUGAAAGAAGAAUUUGUUUCAAAAUGUAAACCAUUUUUUUCCCUUAGAGAUUAUGGAACACCAUUACAUUGUUAUUUUCAGUGAUAACUCCUAGGAUGAGUUGAUUCGUUGUCGUGGGUUCUAUGUUUACUUCCCCUAUGGAAUUUAUAAUUCAGUAUGCUUUACACUGUACCAUAUAGCAAAAUUUUUAAACUACAAGUAGUUAAGGACCGCCUACA